CGCGGAGGUAAACUUACGGUGCCGAUUGCCGAUACGAGAACGUAGCGAGGGCCUAUUUGUUCGGAUAGUGUUGUUAAAACGCCGGGCGGCAGUCAGUGACGCGCGCUCGCGGGGACGGCCGCGUUGACCCCGCGUCUUGAGCGCUCGCGAGUGUAAAGUGGCCUAUUCCGGUGCAAGUGCAAACGCGCUCUUUAUACUAUAGUUUUCCUCUUAUAGUAUUGUUCGAGUGACGCUUCACUCAAGCAUGCUGAUGGUACAGACGAACACGCAACCGAUGAAAAGCAACAAGCUGAAGGGACCUCCUCCGGUCCCUCCGCGGCCAAACCAGAGUGUGGUGGCUGAGGCCCUUGCGAAGACGAGGAAGGCCGUUGCCGAUUCCAAAGCCAACCUCACAAAGUCACGCACACUAUCCAAACAAGAGAACACCGCUAAAUAUAAAACCUUGGAUAGAUCGAACACUGUAAAUCAAACUACAGUAUCGCCUAAACAAAAUGGGUUGGCACGCGUUAAGUCGUUCAUCAGAGAUGUUAUUAGCGACCGGAGCUCGUCUUCUGAUGAAAGGAGGUCUAGUGGACAAAACUCUAGGAGGAGCUCGAGUGACAGCACCACUAUACCAAUACCGGCUGCUAAGAGAUCCAACGAGUCGCUUAAUUCCAAAGCUGUAAAAACUUGUAAGCAAAUAUUAGUGCGAUCACUAUCGACAUCCAAUAAACUAGACCAAGAUGGGAAGUGUAAAGUUUCAAAAUCAUCAAGUUUUGCUGAAAAAACCUUGCCGUUAAGAAAAGCUCCUCCGCCGCCUUUAUCACCAAAACCUAAGCUUAAACCAAUGAAACCAUUGCCUGUACAGAGAACUUCUAGAAGUAGUAGUUGUAGUUCACCUAAAGAGUCGCCCGAUAUAAGUCCUUACUCUUCGCCAAUAGAUGCGAAACCCCCACAGAACUUAGUGCCAGAAGCGCCCUAUGCUACAGUCGAAGAAGUCCAGGAAUUCGAUGACAGAUUACGAAACAGUCCAUCGAAACAAGUCAAUAACCUUCCGGAUACUCGUGACGUUCCUACGAGUCCGAAACGUGACGAAAGUGUAAACAAAAAUAACAAUUCCCUAGAACGUAAAACCUCGCGAGUCACCGAAAUGUUAAUUUCGGAAAUCCUCGCGAGUAGGAGCGGUAGCAAAAAUAACGAGAACACAGUCAUAGAUAAAGGGAAGGAUUCCGAGAAGCUGACUAAUGGCAAUGAAUCGCCUGAGAUUGAAAUGAUGAAGGACAUGAACAAUCACGAGAUGUUGAUAUACGAAUUGCAGACAAUGCACUCGCAAUCUAACGUGCCUGAAAUGUUAGACUCCAAGGAAACCACUCCUACGGAGUCAAUAGAUAAAAAUGGACUAUGUGAUUCUGAAGACUCGGAUCAGAUUUACGCAAUGUCCUCAGUGACAAGUGGAAACACUGAAGAUGGAUAUGAUCAAACUUAUGCCUACAUUUUAGAUGACGAUCUCAAAUCUAGAUUACGCAAGCAGUUCCGAGCGAUCAGCACCAUGUCCCUGCAGGGUCUACCGCCACUGCCGAAGAGCUUGAGUGGCUUUGCGGACGCAGAGCCCGAGGUGGACGUCACACCCACCUCGCCCGCCGAUCCGCCCCCGACUGACCUCGACUCUCAACUCACUUACCUCAAGAGAGAAAUGGCGAGUCUCCGUCAGUUGGACUUGUCGCUUCUGUCAGAGCUGUGGACGCUCAGCGAGGCGAUGGCUUCGUGGCGACGGCAGCUAGAACGCGCGCCGCGUCUCAGGCCCGCGCCGCCGCCUCCGCCGCCGCCACACUACCUCAGAACGUAAACCUACCUACCCACGAACGUGAAGAUUGUAAUAUAUACCACCUCUUUUUAAUGCUGAUAUAUCCCGCCACUGGGAAAUGCUGGCGAAGUUA